CGAUGCUCCCCUUCCCCCGAUUCCGGCGUCAAGCCUCGUUGCACCCCCCUUUUUCGGGCUUGACAAGGCUCUGUGCUCAAGCUCUGCGCUUGAUCAGAACUGCGGUCCACACACGCUGCAAUCCGCCGUAGAGCUUGCUAUACCAAAGCAGCCAAUCAAACUCGACAAAACUUUUCUAUCAGCCUUGGCAUCAAAUUGUCCCCGGCUCAAGUUCUAGAUUUUCUUCCCCAGAUGGACAAAAGAUUACGGGAACACCAUGCUGAGCCUGUGAUAUUGCGGGUUGAUUUGUGAUCGUCCGUUGGUGAUCGGUAUAACCCGUUUUACUAGACGUGACGAACAGCUGUUUCUCCAACCAUGGCGGAAAGGCUGCGUAUCCUGGUCAUCGGCUCUGGUGGGCGCGAACAUGCCCUCGCUUGGAAGCUGGCAAGGUCACCGUCGGUCGAUAUCGUCCACGUGGCCCCCGGCAAUGGAGGGACCGAGUCCGGCAACGUCGUUAACGUGAACAUUGCCGCCGACGAUUUCACCGAGCUGGUCGCGCACGCAAAGAAGCACGGACUCAACUUGGUGAUCGUUGGUCCGGAAGCCCCGCUGGUGGCUGGCGUGGAAGGAUUUUUCCGUGCGGUUGGUAUUCGCUGCUUUGGCCCCAGCAAAACUGCCGCCCGCAUGGAAGGAUCGAAAGCGUUUUCAAAGGAUUUCAUGCGAAGACAUGGAAUCCCAACUGCUGCCUUCCGGAACUUUACCGACUACGAGGCGGCUCGGCACUACCUCGAUUCGGUCAAUCACCCAGUUGUCAUCAAAGCAGAUGGCCUGGCUGCCGGGAAGGGCGUCAUUAUUCCUACAACAAAGCAAGAGGCCCAUGAUGCCUUGAAGCAGAUCAUGGUUGCCCGGGAAUUUGGGUCCGCUGGCUCACAGGUGGUCAUUGAAGAAUUUCUGGAGGGCGAGGAAUUGAGUGUUCUUACCUUCAGUGACGGUUAUACCAUCAGAUCGCUGCCUCCUGCUCAGGAUCACAAACGCGCCCUGGAUGGGGACCAAGGUCCGAACACCGGAGGCAUGGGCUGUUAUGCGCCUACGAGAGUUGCCUCCAAAGAAUUGAUCGCGCAGAUUGACCGGGAAAUUGUCCAACCUACCAUUGACGGCAUGCGAAGGGAGGCCAUGCCUUUCGUGGGCAUGCUUUUCACGGGACUGAUGAUCACCAAGAACGGCCCGAAGGUGUUGGAGUACAAUGUUCGAGGAGGCGACCCUGAAACCGAGACUUUACUGCCCCUCUUGAGCGACGAUACAGACCUCGCUAGAGUCAUGCUAGCCUGCACAGAACAUUGGCUAGAUGGCGUGGAGUUAAAGAUCGAACCCAAGUUUUCUGCCACGGUGGUUGCCUGCUCCGAAGGCUAUCCAGGUCCAUACGCGAAGAACAGACCCAUCACUCUGCAUAAAGCUCCGGAGGGCGUACUUGUCUUUCACGCUGGAACCGGUAGGGACGGUAAACAGGUCGUCACCACCGGAGGCCGCGUGAUUGCCUCGACAGCAACUGCAGCAACUUUGGAAGAAGCCGUUGCCAAAGCCUACCAGGGGAUGGACACCAUUAAGUUCGAGGGAAUGCAUUUCCGCAAAGACAUCGCCCAUCGCGCGUUCAAGAGACAGGCGCAAGAAACGGAACCUGAAGAGGCGGGGUUGACCUACGCCUCCGCCGGAGUGUCCAUCGAUGCAGGAAACGACCUUGUCGCGAGAAUCAAGCCAGCAGUCAAGGCGACCUCGCGGCCCGGCGCCGAUUCCGUGAUCGGGGGCUUCGGCGGUGGGUUUGACCUUGCAAGAGCUGGGUACAACGAAAAGUCCCCCAUGCUGGUCGGCGCCAUCGAUGGCGUCGGCACCAAACUCAAGAUUGCCCACGCCAUGAAUGUCCACGAUACCGUCGGCAUUGACCUGGUAGCCAUGAACGUAAACGACCUCGUGGUGCAAGGCGCAGAGCCGCUUAUGUUCUUGGAUUGUUAUACAUGCAGCGUUCUGGACGUUGACAUUGCCAGUGACUUCAUCCGAGGGGUGUGCGAAGGCUGUAAAAUCUCCAACUGCGCACUGGUGGGAGGUGAAACGGCCGAGAUGCCCGGUCUCCUCAACGGCACCGAGUAUGAUGCCGUCGGCGCCGCAAUCGGUGCGGUCGACAUCCCGGCCGGCAAGAAAGUGUUGCCGGACAUGGAAAGCAUGGUCGCAGGUGACGUCCUCUUUGGUCUGGCUUCCAGUGGUAUUCAUUCGAACGGUUUCUCGCUGGUGCGGCGCAUCAUCGAAAAGAUGCAUCUGAAUUUCUCAGACGUUGCACCAUGGAACUCGGAAACGACCGUGGGAUACUCCCUGCUUACCCCGACACGUAUUUAUGUCGUGCCGCUGUUACAGGUGGUCAAACGAGACUUCAUCAAAGGCAUGGCACAUAUCACAGGUGGUGGUCUCGUCGAAAACGUGCCACGAAUGCUGCCAGACCAUUUGGCUGCUGAGAUAGACGUGUCCACCUGGGAUCGGCCCCCGGUGUUCAAGUGGCUGCAACAGGCAGGCAAAGUCAGUAACGAAGAGAUGAGCCGUACUUUCAACAAUGGUAUCGGCAUGGUUCUUGUUGUGUCCGAUGUGGCCUCCGGUGAGGUCAAAAAGAUCUUGGAAGCCGAAGGCGAGACCGUCUUCCGAAUCGGAAGGCUUGUAAACAGGGAACAGGGUGCUGAAGGCUGUAUUCUGAGGAAUUUAGAAUCCUGGGCUUCUUCAUAGCCUGUCAUAUCAUGCAAUACGAUGUGGAGUCCCCUCAUCGUUGAGUUUGUCUUGCUUCAAUUGAUGGCGAAUGCGGGCGUUCAUUGGAUCGGGGAGCAAAGCCAGCUCGAGAAUCAAUAAUUAGAAGAUGAUCACGCGUAAGUUCACCAAGGUUCCACUGGUCAACGGCAUAGAUUUGUUGCGGAUAUAAUGUCAUGAACCACGACUGUGCGAGAGCAAAGCAUAUGCUCUUACGCCCCCAGUCAAAAAUCACUUGCGAGAGAGAACAGAGGAC